CGCUUCCGGUGCUUUCCGGUAGCGAACUGUACAUCCCCCGCUUCGUUUCCGCAAUGGCGCUUUCUCUGAGCCUCCGCUUGGGCGGUCGUGUCCGCGCCGCUGUCACUCGCUGUGGGUUCGCGUCCCAGGGCGUGGCGGGCCCGGGUUCUGUCAGCCGCGAGCCGGACCCCGAUUCCGACUGGGAGCCGGAGGAGCGGGAGCUCCGGGAGGUGGAGAGCGCUUUGAAACGACAGAAAAAAGCAAUGCGAUUCCAGAAAAUUCGAAGGCAAAUGGAGGCUCCAGGUGCUCCACCCAGAACACUGACAUGGGAAGCCAUGGAGCAGAUCCGGUAUUUACAUAAGGAAUUUGCAGAGUCCUGGUCAGUUCACAGGUUGGCAGAAGGCUUUGAUGUCAGCACUGAUGUUAUCCGAAGGGUUUUAAAGAGUAAGUUUGUACCCACUUUAGAGCAGAAAUUGAGGCAGGAUCAAAAGGUCUUGAAAAAAGCUGGAAUUACCCGAGCAGCUCUGCAGCUCCCCGUUUCUGAAGAUACCUUGAAGCCGCUCAGUGUGGGCCGUUCUAUGUCUGGCCCUCUGCUGGGGCCAGGGGAUGAAGUCUCCUCUAAAAGUCAGAAUCACAGCACAGCAUUGAGAGUGGUAAAGUCAAACAUCCACAGCACAGACGCACAGAAGAAACAGGAAGGAAGGAAUAGGAGAAUCCAAGUCUUGGAAGAAAGCGUGGUGCCUACCACCACAGCCAUGGGCCAUCGGAUAGAGCUUCAGAAACACACAGCCAGUGAUUCUGAGGCCGCUAGAAGAACUGACAGUGAUGCACGGCCAAGUGCUGAGAAGCUGGAAGAGUUGAAGGCUGGGGAGCCAGGUGACCAAAACUUCAGCAGCAAAGUAGUGCAGAGGGGGCGUGAGUUCUUCGACAGUAAUGGAAACUUCCUCUACAGAAUUUGAGCUUGGGCCUGGCUUUUGGAGAUGCCUUGACACAGCUGGACAAGUAGACUUGAAGCUGCCAGCAUUUAUGCACACCAUUGGCCACUGUGGAGUAAGAAUUGAUGAGGCUAUGAUGUGGGGGGAGGAGCUGCUUAGGUAGGGUCAGACUUCCUAGAGUAAGCCUCAGGGAUCCCCCUGUGGAGCUAAGUUCUCGCUCAUCCUUGUUGCUUCGUGGUCUCGCUGUUGAGAAAAAGAAUUCUAUGUAUCCUAUCAUGGGUUUCUGUGAUAUUGUGUUGGGAGGAAACUGAAAGCUUGCCUCCUGACCUCAUUUCCUUUCUAAUCACUGAACACUAUUCUUGACCUGUCAAUCAGUUGCUUUCCUUAUGAGCGAAAUAAAGUACAAUGGAGCAGUU